AUGGCAGGAACCCUAGUGGCUGGACCAGGCCCACCUGUGGGAAGAGAGAAAGAGGUAGACGAGAGAGAAGGGAACUGCAGACUCUACUGGCAUUUCGGGUGUGGCGGCUGUCCCUGCGGGGGUGUCUGGAGCUACCCUCGACCAGGGUCGGAGGGGCCCCUGAGAGCAGCCUGCUGCCCGUGUCCCCAUUCCCCUCUGCGCCGGGGGCUGCCCUCAGCAGGCAACCCCGUCCACCCAGCCAUCCGGUUCCCUUGCCAGUGGGGGCCCAGCAUCCGUCCCCAGCAUCCGCCCCAGCAUCCGCCCCAGCAUCCGUCCCCCAGCAUCCAUCCCCAGCAUCCGCCCCAGCAUCCGUCCCCAGCAUCCGUCCCAGCAUCCGUCCCCAGCAUCCGCCCCAGCAUCCGUCCCCAGCAUCAGUUCCCAGCAUCCAUCCCCAGCAUCCGCCCCAGCAUCCGCCCCAGCAUCCGCCCCAGCAUCCAUCCCCAGCAUCCGCCCCAGCAUCCGUCCCCAGCAUCUGUCCCACCAUCCAUCCCAGUAUCUGUCCCAGCAUCUGUCACCAACGUCAACCCCCAGCAUUUGUCCCCAGCAUCCCUCCUGCUCCAGCGCCCUCCCUUCCACUCUGGUCUCCCAGCCCUUUCCACUGUCUAUUCUCCCUGCAGCCGCCAGAGGGUGUCUCUGGUCCCCGGGGCCUGCGCCAGGGCGCUGCGUCUUCCUGUGUCUGGGCAUAAAGUGAUGGCCGGGCAGGACCAUGGACGGCUCUGCCGGAAGCUGGGACUUGGGCCAGCGACAACCCCUCCCCACGGGCUGAACGUGAGGGACGGGGCCGCACUGCCUUGGCCAAGUGUGGACAGGGAUUCUGAGACCUCGCGGGGCUCCGCGGGGAAGUGUGGCCAUCGGCAAGUGACUGACGAUGUCUGCCUCAGGCUGGAUCGCAGCGGCAUCGGAUCCACUCGGGUCCUUUGCUGUCUUCACCACCCGACCUCAGACUGUGCGGGGCGGCGGGAAAAGGGGCAGGAUGUUGACCCCCUCAGUCUCCAGAGCUCCGUGUACGGGAGCCAGAAGUUCGAGGACCCUACAUACCAGGACCCAGACAGUGGGGAGCUGGGAUUUGAGGAGCAGGAUGAGGAGAUUCCCCCUGAGGAGGUGGCCGGGGAUGAGUUCCUGGAGCCCCAGAACCCAGAAGAGGCUCCUGCCAAGCUGGAGAGGGCUCUGAAGAGAGACUCAGACGAGGGUGUUCCUGAAAUGAGCCGGCUGUCCAUCACCCAGAAGUUCCCAGGCACCUCUGCACCCAAACGGAGGAAGAGGAGGCGGCUCCUUGAGCUGGCAAAACCCAAGACCAACUGGCAAGUCUUGAUAGACAGGACGGGAUGCCGUUGUAAGGGCUAUGCCUGGAUCUCCCCCUGCAAGACGAGCUUACACUUCUGUCUCUACUGGCCCUCCGUAUACUGGACUGAGCGGUUCCUCGAGGACCCCUGCCUCACCGUCACGGUGCCUGUGGUGUCCCCCCGGGUGGAGGAACUGUCUCGGCCCAAGAGGUUCUACUCGGAGUAUUUCAACAGCAACAGGACUACGCCCAUCUGGCCCAUUCCUCGGUCCACCUUGGAAUACCAAGCGUCUAAUCGCCUAAAGAAACUGGCCACCCCGAAGGUCCGGAAUAACAUUUGGAGCAUAAGCAUGUCCGAGGUGUCCCAGGUGUCCAGGGCGGCCAAGAUGGCAGUACCCAGCGCACGGAUCCUCCGGCUGGCAAAGCCCAGGGCCCCAGCCACCCUGACGGAAGAGUGGGACCCCAUGCCGAAACCUAAGCCGCAUGUGUCAGACUACAACCGUCUCCUGCACUUGGCCAUGCCCAAGACCCUGUCGGACAAGUGCGUUCCUGACCGAGAUCCCCGCUGGGAGGUGCUGGAAGUCACCAAGAAGGCAGUGGCCAGUCCCCGGAUCAUCUCGCUGGCCAAGCCCAAAGUGCGUGCGUGCCUCAAUGAAGGCUACGACACAUGUCCCCUCGCCUCUACGAGCUCGCCACCCCCAAAAGCAUCACCAAAAAAGUCUGACCUGCCAAGCCUGGCCUCUGAGACCUCGUUCCAGUAA